AGGCCRCUGGGGUUUUGUCUGCAGUUGGAGUCUUCAUUAUCCUCCCUGCAGUCCUCUUCCACUCCAUCAAGAAGCUCUGCUGUGAAGAGAGAGGUGGGCUCCCAUGCCGGGAACAACAAGGGCAAAGAAAAUASUGCAAAGAAAAAUCUGGUGCUCCUGAGGGCCUUGCUCCCUGAAUUGUAAGUGACAUGCUGGCAAAGCUGAACAACUGAUCACCAGACACUGGCAUAGCAUUAAACAUGGCUUCUGAGGCUGCUCAGAAUUUCCUGCAGCCACUGUCUUCCUGGAUGUCUCAAAUAUAYGAAGCGAUCCAACAGGCAGGAGACUCCAUAUCUGCCUCGCUGCUGAAUUUGAGCGGAGUGGGUCGCAAGCCAGAAGAGGAGAGGACCCAGGACUUGGAGAAUAAUGGAGGCGUUUAUGAGGAUUAUUCUGAGGAAGCAGAUGAUGAACGAGACCUGGACCUCUGGGAUGAGGAAUAUUUGUAUCCUGGAGAAGAUGGUUACAUUGGAAGCCCCGAUCUUGCUUCACAAAACCUCUCUCAUGGCUCUGACACGGGUCCACAGAGGCAAAACCRGAUUAAAAACAGCAGCACCCUGCCAGAGCAGUGUCCUGAAUGCACCAGGUCCUUGACAGCCAAUGGAUCCCACUGGAUGAGCGAAGAUCUGCAGCCUCUGGAUCGGCUUUCCCCCAUUGCUGAGGAAGAAGGUGAGCCCUCUUUGAGGACGGGAGAUCACGAGCACAGCCUCAGCUUGGGUGGYUCCUUUGCAGAUCUGGAUGGACUAAGCCAACUGAGUUACCAAGACAACCUCUCCUAUCRUGAAGAUGACCAUGUGUCUGUUGAUUCAAGAACAACAACCACGAGUAAGGGUGCUGGGCAGCACAAAGGGCCUAGGAUGGAGCCCAGAACUGGGGAUGGAGCCMGCCAGGCMCACAGGAAAGGAMAUCUGGAAAUGGAGACRGAAUUUGCCAGCCAGGGAUUGGAARUAAAUGAUGCUACUGACAGCUCAUCAGCUUGGAGCCCUGAGGAACACCAUGAAGUGAACACUGUGCCAGCUCAUCAUGGUGCCCACGAGCCCAUCUGCAAAUGUGGUGACCUGGAUGUCAUCUUCACCUAUAAAUCCUCCAGCCAAAAGCUGGUGGUCACUGUCCUGGAGGCCAGGGACAUCCCAGACAAGGACCGCAGYGGUGUGAACACCUGGCAGGUGCACGCCGUUCUGAUGCCGGGCAAGAAGCAGAGGGGCAAGACGAGCGUGCAGAGAGGACCCAUGCCCGUGUUCCAGGAUAAAAUCACCUUCAGCAAGCUGGARCCACAGGAGCUGAGCAGCCACGCUGUUCGCUUUCGCCUCUACGCCGUGCACAAGAUGGUUGGGGAGAAGAUGAUGGGGGAGCAGCUCUUCUACCUGAGCGGCAUCAGACAGGAUGGGGAGGUGAAGGUGACACUGCUCUUGGAACCGAGGAGUAACCUGAGUAGUGCAGAUUCUCAGCUGAGUCUGUCAGCAAUCUCUCACAGUGAUAGCGCUUCUUCAACACAGUCCCUGUCGCAUGGAGGGGUGCCAGAGCUGCUUGUGGGACUGUCAUACAAUGCCACUACGGGGAGGCUGUCAGUGGAGAUGAUCAAAGGCAGUCAUUUCCGAAACCUCGCCAUUAAUAGGCCACCUGAUACCUAUGGCAAGCUCUGCCUGCGCAACUCCGUGGGUCAGGAGAUGUCCCGCUGCAAGACCUCCAUCCGCCGGGGACAGCCCAACCCCGUCUACAARGAAACCUUCAUCUUCCAGGUGGCCCUGUUCCAGCUGUCUGACGUCACCCUGCUCAUCUCCAUCUACAACAGGCGCACCAUGAAGCGCAAGGAGAUGAUCGGCUGGAUCUCCAUGGGCCAGAACAGCAGCGGGGAGGAGGAGCAGAGCCACUGGCAGGAGAUGAAGGAGUUGCAGGGGACACAGGUCUGCAGGUGGCACACGCUGCUGGAGUCCUAGUGGCACCCAGGACAGCCUGCAGGGUGCCUCACCUUGUUCUCUGUCAGCAGAAAGCAGCUCUGCUGUGACGAGCAUACACAGCUUUAACCUGACUGCUCCGUGUCAGCAAUCGCGGGUUUUGAAGGUGGCAAGGCCUGGCAAGCAUGUUUGGUUCUUGCCUUUCCAGCUUGUCCUGCAUUUUCUACAUCCAAGUAAUUAAYCCCAGCGAGAAGCAGCGGGAAUACCUGCAAAAUCCCAUCCUUUGCCAUUGUCUUGCUCAUUUUGUCACAGGCUUAACCAUCACAGACUGAUUCUGAGGUGAUGCUGUUUUCUUCUGGGGUAAACUCUCUCUUCCCUCUCUCCCCUUAUUUAUAUUAAUGAAGUUUGCAAAUAUUCUUGCCACGCRGAUAGCUCGCAGAAAAGCUAACCUGCAUGCAGAUCACAUCCUCUCCCUUUUAUUAUCGUGUUUUUAAGUCCUGGAAAUAAGCAUUUGAUACCACUGUAGACUGGAUGAUAUAUUUUUCAGGCAGCAUGAGAAAGCACUCUUGAAUUUUCUGUCAACUUUUAAGUGCCUAGACAUUACUACUGUUCUCCUGUACUCACAAUUGAUAAAAGGACUAAAUACUACUGGCAUUUUUAGUUAGGCACCCUGUGCACUUGUUAGCCUGCAUCGCCAUGGGUUUGCACAAGAGAUAACAAGCAKCAGUUUUAUAUUGCAUUAUGCAAUGCAUGUUUAUAUGUUUACUUGAAGUUAUGGCUUCUGUCAUCACAAAUACCAAA